AUGGAUGCUAGAAUAGAAGCCAUAGAAGAAACCCUAUAUAGAAUGACCCAACUCUUGACCCAGGCUGGAUUAGGCAACCAAGAAAGACCACCUAUCAACCAUAAUGAUGAUCAUGAGGAUAGGACAGUUAGAAUAGACAUCCAAGACUUUGAUGGCCAGUCUAAUAAACCUGAAGAUUACAUAGAAUGGGAGGCAAGUCUAGAUAGGUAUUUUGAGUAUAAGAACACCACACACCUGAGAGAGGGCAUACAGAGACAAAGGAGGAGGGAAGACAGGACAAGGAUUGAUACUUGGGAUAAGCUUAUCAAGCAUUUAAGGAGGAAGUAUGUACCUACCAAUUACAAACAUCAGUUAUACAUAAAGUGGAGUACCUUAAACCAAGGGGGAAGAAGUGUAAGUGAGUAUAUACAGAAGUGGGAGAAGCUAACUGUGCUGUGUGAGAUCAAUGAUACGGAGGAUCUGAAGUUAGCCAAGUUUAUGGCUGGGUUAAGGGAGAAUAUUAGGGAAACGCUUAUAGUGAUACCCAACCUUGAGCUGCAGCUAGCAUUUAACAUGGCCAUAACUGUUGGACAAGCUUACACCAAGAAGAAAAUGUCUAAGAACAACUACCUUAAGUCCCUUAGGAGCUUUACACCCAGGAAUAACAACCCUAGUUCACCCAGAUUACAAAGGAAAACAGAGCAGCCCCCUAGUGCAUCUGAAAAGGCAGCUGUGCCCAUGAGGAAAAUAGUAUGCUUCAAGUGCCAUGGACAAGGACAUUAUAAGGAUUCUUGUCCUAAUGCUAGAGUGUUCACUACCCAAGAAUGGAAGGAGAUUAGGGAAGAUACUAAGCCUAAGAUGAUGUUGGUAGCUAGGAAUGGCAAAAUCGAGGAGGAUUGGCCUCCAGUACCUGAGGAUGAACUUGAGGGGUCAUAUAGAGUGAAUGAGUCAGGGAGAUUGGUCAGAUAUGAGCAUAGCACUGAUGAGGAUGAGUCAGAAGAGGAAAGAGAGAGAGUUAUGCCUGAGGAUGACCAUUAUAAUCUGAUAAUAAGGAGAAGUUUGCAUACUACAUGUGAAGAGAAGGAGAGCAAUCAAAGGGAAAAUACAUUUCAGACUAACUGUAGGAUAGGAGAUAAAGUGUGUGACUUGAUAAUUGAUGGUGGUAGUGAGUCUAAUUGUGUAAGCCUAGACUUGAUUACUGAUUGGAUCCUAAAGACCAGACCUCACCCAUACUCUUCCAAACUUAAGUGGCUUGAUAAAAUUGUUAGUGGUUCUAUGACUAAGCAGUGUCUUGUAGGGUUUGUCAUAGGUUCAUACCAGGAUAAGGUGUUAUGUGAUGUCUUAGAGAUGAGUGCUUGUCAUGUGCUUUUGGCGAGACCGUGGCAGAAUGAUAGAAAGAGCAUACAUAAUGGAUUCACUAACACUUAUACAGUUAGAUAUGAGGGAAAGCUGAAAGACUUGAUUCCUUUGCCACCCCAUAAGGCUAUACCACCCCCUGUUAGGAAGCUAGUUCAUUUGAUGAGCAGGAAGGUGUGUGAGAAAGAACUUAAGAACAAGAAUGUGGUCUAUGUGUUGUUCACUAAGGAAGUACAACAAGCUAUAGACAUACCACUUGAGGUUAAACCCUUACUGCAGCAGUAUGCUGAUGUGUUUCCUGAGGAUUUUCCUAAAGAUUUACCACCUAUUAGAGAGAUAGAGCACCAAAUAGACCUCAUACCUGGAGCAGCCCUACCUAACAAACAAGCAUAUAGGACCAACCCCACAGAGACGAAAGAGUUACAAAGGCAGAAAGAUGGAACCUGGAGGAUGUGUAUAGACAGUAGGAAUGUCAACAAUAUCACUAUCAAGUACAGAUUUCCUAUCCCAAGGAUUGAUGACAUGCUUGAUGAAAUCCGUCACUCUCCUUUCUCAUUCUCCUCCUUCUUGCGCCUCCUUCUCACUUCCCCAACCAACUGCCGCCUCUUCCUUCCCCAACCAGCUGCCGCUUCUUCCUUCCCCAGCAGCAAGCAUCCACGUCCGCCUCUCCUCGCAAGCAGCAGCAAGGCUACGUUUGUCUCUCCUCGCAAGCAGCAGCAGGGCUGCAUUUUCCCCUCCAAACAGCAGCGGCCAGCAGCAAGGCCACCACCUUCUGUGCGCCAGCUGCAGCCACAACCGCCAGUUGCUCCUCCCCCUUCUGCCGUGAAGGCUACCGCCACCAACAGCUACGGUCCACAGCCGCGUGGGUCCUUCACAACCAUCUAG